UCCGGUGGCUCCGAGCCCGCCGUAGGAGCGCUGCCCAGCACUUCUUGGGGGGGCUCUUCCGGGCCUGCCUGUCCCCCUUUUCUCGUUCACGAACCCGAGCCCGCACUCUUCCAACCAUGUCUGACGGCGCCGCCGAGAAGCAGAGCGGCACUCCGGGCUUCCUUUCGCCUCCGGCGCCCGUCCCCAAGAAUGGCUCAAGCUCCGAUUCCUCCGUGGGCGAGAAGUUGGGGGCCACGGUCGCCGACUCCGGCAUUGGCAGAACCGAGGAAUACCGGCGCCGCCGUCACACUAUGGACAAGGACAGCCGUGGGGCGGCCGCCACCACCACCCCGACGGAGCACCGCUUCUUCCGCCGGAGCGUCAUCUGCGACUCCAAUGCCACCGCGUUGGAGCUGCCGGGCCUCCCCCUGUCUGUCCCCCAACCGAGUGUGCCCGCCGCCGCGGUGCCUCCGAGUGCUCCACCCGAGCCUCACCGAGAGGAAACUUUGACCGCCGCCGUCGCUUCCCAGGUGUCUCAGCAGCCCUCAGCUGCUGCCGCCCCUGGGGAACAAGCCGUUGUAGGCUCGGCCACCACGACCGUCCCCAGCAGUACCAGCAAAGACCGCCCGGUGUCCCAGCCCAGCCUCGUGGGGGGCAAAGAGGAGCCACCGCCGUCCCUAGGUGGAAGUGGCAGCGGCGGCGGCGGCGGCAGCGCUAAAGAGCAGCAGGAGGAACGGAACAUCCAGCAACAGGAUGAUAUCGAAGAGCUGGAGACCAAGGCCGUGGGCAUGUCCAAUGACGGUCGCUUUCUCAAAUUUGACAUCGAAAUCGGCAGAGGGUCCUUUAAGACGGUCUACAAAGGUCUGGACACCGAAACCACUGUGGAAGUCGCCUGGUGUGAAUUGCAGGAUCGAAAGUUAACAAAGUCUGAAAGGCAGAGAUUCAAAGAAGAGGCAGAAAUGUUAAAGGGUCUUCAACAUCCCAACAUUGUUCGAUUCUAUGACUCCUGGGAAUCCACAGUAAAAGGGAAAAAAUGCAUUGUUUUAGUGACUGAACUAAUGACAUCUGGAACACUUAAAACGUACUUAAAAAGGUUUAAAGUGAUGAAAAUCAAAGUUCUAAGAAGCUGGUGUCGGCAAAUCCUUAAAGGACUUCAGUUUCUCCACACACGAACUCCACCAAUUAUUCACCGGGACCUUAAAUGUGACAACAUCUUUAUCACCGGCCCUACAGGCUCAGUCAAAAUUGGAGACCUUGGUCUGGCAACUCUAAAGCGGGCUUCUUUUGCCAAGAGUGUGAUAGGUACUCCGGAGUUCAUGGCUCCUGAGAUGUAUGAGGAGAAAUAUGAUGAAUCCGUUGAUGUUUAUGCUUUUGGGAUGUGCAUGCUUGAGAUGGCCACAUCUGAAUAUCCAUACUCAGAGUGCCAAAAUGCUGCGCAGAUCUACCGUCGAGUGACCAGUGGAGUGAAGCCAGCCAGUUUUGACAAAGUAGCAAUUCCUGAAGUGAAGGAAAUUAUUGAGGGAUGUAUUCGUCAAAACAAAGAUGAAAGAUAUUCCAUCAAAGACCUUUUGAACCAUGCCUUUUUCCAGGAGGAAACAGGGGUACGGGUAGAAUUAGCAGAAGAAGAUGAUGGAGAAAAGAUAGCUAUUAAAUUAUGGCUCCGUAUUGAAGAUAUUAAGAAAUUAAAGGGAAAAUACAAAGACAAUGAAGCUAUUGAGUUUUCCUUUGACUUGGAGAGGGAUGUACCAGAAGAUGUUGCUCAAGAAAUGGUGGAGUCUGGGUAUGUCUGUGAAGGUGAUCACAAGACCAUGGCUAAAGCUAUCAAAGACAGGGUGUCAUUAAUUAAGAGAAAACGAGAGCAGCGGCAGUUGGUGCGAGAGGAGCAAGAAAAAAGAAAACAGGAAGAGAUCAGUCUCAGACAUCAGAACGAACAACAACCAAGUGUUUCCCAGGCAGGAAUUCAGCAGCUCUCUUCUGCUAGCACUGGCAUACCUACUGUUCCCACCACUUCUGCUUCAGUUUCUACACAAGUAGAGCCUGAAGAACCUGAGGCAGAUCAACAUCAACAGCUACAAUAUCAGCAGCCUAGUGUAUCUGUGUUAUCUGAUGGAACAGUUGACAGUGGUCAGGGAUCAUCAGUCUUCACAGAAUCUCGAGUGAGCAGCCAACAGACAGUUUCCUAUGGCUCCCAACAUGAACAGGCACAUUCUACUGGCACAGCACCGGGGCAUACAGCUUCGAGUGUCCAAGCACAAUCUCAGCCUCAUGGGGUGUAUCCGCCCUCAAGUAUGCCUCAGUCCAUGGCGCAUCCGUGUGGGGGGACCCCAACAUACCCAGAAUCACAGAUAUUUUUCCCAACUAUUCAUGAACGUCCAGUUUCUUUUUCACCACCUCCCACCUGUCCACCGAAAGUAGCCAUUUCCCAACGACGUAAGAGCACCUCCUUCCUGGAAGCCCAAACUCGCCACUUCCAACCCCUGCUGAGAACUGUUGGCCAAAAUCUUCUUCCACCUGGUGGCAGCCCAACUAACUGGACACCAGAGGCCAUAGUUAUGUUGGGUACUACAGCCAAUAGAGUAAAUAGAGAGCUAUGUGAGAUGCAGGCCCAACCUGGGUUUGAGCCAACCCAGAUGUACAGUGACUAUAGACCUGGACUAGUACUGGCAGAAGAAGCUCACUAUUUUAUUCCUCAGGAAACAGUAUAUCUAGCUGGGGUGCAUUACCAGGCCCAGGUGGCAGGACAGUAUGAGGGCAUUUUAUACAACUCACCAGUACUGUCAAGUCCUAUGAAACAAAUACCUGAACAGAAGCCAGUGCCUGGGGGCCCUGCCUCAAGUUCUGUCUUUGAAUUUCCAUCUGGACAGGCUUUCCUGGUAGGACACCUUCAGAAUUUAAGAUUAGAUUCUGGACCGAGUCCAGCAUCACCCCUCUCUAGUAUUUCUGCACCUAACAGUACAGAUGCUACACAUUUGAAAUUUCACCCUGUCUUUGUUCCUCAUUCUGCACCAGCUGUGUUAACUCAUAACAGUGAGAACAGAAGCAACUGUGUAUUUGAAUUUCAUGCUCAAACACCAAGUUCCUCUUCAGGAGAAGGAGGUGGGAUUUUACCUCAACGUGUUUACCGAAAUCAACAGGUUGCAGUGGACUCAAGUCAGGAAGAACUGCCUCCUCAGUCAGUUGGAUUACAUUGCCAUCUGCAGCCUGUUACUGAAGAACAGCGUAAUAACCAUGCCCCAGAAUUGACCAUUUCUAUGGUAGAGCCUAUGGGACAGAACUGGCCAAUAGGAAGCCCAGAAUAUUCCAGUGAUUCCUCUCAAUUCACUUCUUCAGAUCUCAGUGAUUUUCAGUCACCUCCCCCUACAGGGGGAACAGCUGCACCUUUUGGCUCUGACGUCUCAUUGCCCUUUAUUCGCCUGCCUCAGACAGUGUUACAAGAAUCCCCACUUUUCUUCUGUUUCCCUCAAGGAACCACAACUCAGCAGGUCUUAUCUGCCUCAUAUUCUUCAGGAGGAUCUACACUCCAGCCACAGGCACAGGGGCAGAGCCAGGGCCAACCAUCAAGUAACUUAGCAGGGGUUCCACCUUCACAACCUGUCCAACAUCCUCAGCAGCAACAAGGAAUACAGCCGACUGUUCCUCCUCAACAGGCAGUACAGUAUUCACUUCCACAGGCUACAUCUUCCAGUGAAAGUACUACUGCACAGCCUCAAGCUCCACAGGUUUUGCCUCAAGUAUCAGCUGGAACACAGCUUCCAGUUUCCCAGGCAGUACCAACUAUCCAAGGUGAACCUCACAUCCCAGUUUCAGCACAGCCCUCAGUUGUUCCAGUCCACUCUGGUGCUCAUUUCCUUCCUGUGGGACAGCCGCUCCCUACUUCUUUACUCCCACAGUAUCCUGUCUCUCAAAUUCCCAUAUCAACUCCUCAUGUGUCUACGGCUCAGACAGGUUUCUCAUCCGUUCCUAUAACGAUGGCUGCUGGCAUUAAUCAGCCUCUGCUCACCUUGGCUUCGUCUGCUACAGCAGCUUCAAUCCCAGGGGGAUCAACUGUAGUUCCUAAUCAGCUUCCAACCCUUCUGCAGCCUGUGAAUCAGCUGCAGAGUCAGGUUCACCCACAGCUCCUACAGCCAACAGUUCAGUCCAUGGGAAUACCAGCUAACCUUGGACAAGCUGCUGAGGGUCCAAUUCCCUCUGGAGAUGUUCUGUACCAGGGCUUCCCAUCUCGACUGCCACCUCAAUACCCAGGAGAUUCAAAUAUUGCUCCCUCUUCCAACGUGGCUUCUGUUUGCAUCCAUUCUACAGUCCUAGCCCCUCCUCCUAUGCCGACAGAAGCAUUGGCCACCCAAGGUUACUUUCCUACAGUAGUGCAACCUUAUGUGGAAUCAAAUCUUUUGGUUCCUAUGGGCAGUGUAGGAGGACAGGUCCAAGUGUCCCAACCAGCAGUGAGUUUAACGCAACAACCCCCUACUACAUCCUCCCAGCAAGCAGUUCUGGAGAGUACUCAGGGAGUCUCUCAGACUGCUCCUCCAGAACCAGCUCCAGUAACACAGUCACAACCUACCCAGCCUGUCACAUUGGUUUCAUCUGUAGACAGUGCACAUUCAGAUGUUGCUUCAGGAAUGAGUGAUGGCAAUGAGAAUGCUCCAUCAUCCAGUGGGAGGCACGAAGGCAGAACAACAAAACGUCAUUAUCGAAAGUCUGUAAGAAGUCGCUCUCGUCACGAAAAGACUGCUCGCCCAAAACUGAGGAUUUUAAAUGUUUCAAAUAAAGGAGACCGAGUAGUAGAAUGUCAAUUAGAAACUCAUAAUCGGAAAAUGGUAACAUUCAAAUUUGACCUAGAUGGUGACAACCCUGAAGAGAUAGCAACAAUUAUGGUGAACAAUGACUUUAUUCUAGCAAUAGAGAGAGAGUCUUUUGUGGCUCAAGUACGGGAAAUUAUUGAAAAAGCUGAUGAAAUGCUAAGUGAGGAUGUCAGUGUGGAGCCUGAGGGUGACCAGGGAUUGGAGAGUCUGCAAGGAAAGGAUGACUAUGGCUUUUCAGGUUCCCAGAAAUUAGAAGGAGAGUUCAAACAACCAAUUGCUGUUUCUUCCAUGCCACAGCAAAUUGGUGUUUCUAGCAGUUCUUUAACACAAGUUGUUCAUUCUGCUGGAAGACGGUUUAUAGUGAGUCCUGUGCCAGAAAGUAGGUUACGAGAAUCCAAAGUUUUCACCAGUGAAACAUCAGAUACAGUUGCUGCCUCCACAUCUCAGGGCCCUGGAAUGAACUUGUCUCACUCUGCUUCAUCCCUUAGUCUCCAGCAGGCUUUUUCUGAACUCAAACAUGCCCAGAUGACUGAAGGACCCAAUACAGCACCUCCAAAUUUCAAUCACACAGGACCAACAUUUUCUCCUUUCUUGGCUGGCAUUGCUGGUGGCCCAACUGUAGCAUCAUCCUCACCAUCAGUAUCAGUUCCUAUAACAAGCAGUCCUCUUGACAUUUCCACAUCAGUAAUGCAGUCUGAGGCUGCAUUGCCCACUGAAAAAGGCAUUGCUGGAGUUACCACCAGCACAGGUGUGAUAACUUCAAGUGGUCUUACCACAUUUUCUGUGUCUGAGUCACCAGCACUUUCCAGUGUGGUUUCCAGUUCUACAGUACCUGCAGUUGUUGCAGUGUCUACAACAUCUCAGCCAGUUCAGGCUCCCACAUCUGGGAGCAUUGUUUCUAGUACAGGCAGUUUUCCUUCUGGAACAUUUUCCACAACUUCAGCUACUACAGUGGGUAGUGUGGCUGCCCCAAAUGCUAAGCCUCCAGCUGUAUUGUUGCAACAGAUAGCAGGCAGUACUGCUGGCGUAGCCAUAGUGACAUCAGUCUCUACUAGCACUCCAUUCCCAGGCACAGCUUCACAGCCAUCUCUUCCUCUUAGUAGCAGCACCUCUGCUCCUACUUUAGCUGAAACAGUGGUCGUUAGUGCACACUCACUAGACAAGGCAUCUCACAGUAGUACGACAGGAUUGGCUUUAUCCUUUUGUGCACCAUCCUCUUCUUCCUCCUCUGGAACAGCAGUGUCUAGUUCUGUUUCUCAGCCUGGUGUGGUGCAUCCUUUGGUCACCUCAUCAGUUGUAGCUUCUACACCUGUCCUUCCCCAACCAACAGGACCUACGUCUACACCUUUAUUACCCCAAGUACCCAAUAUCCCACCCUUGGUACAACCUGUUGUUAAUGUGCCUGCUGUACAGCAAACACUCAUUCAUAGUCAGCCUCAACCAGCUUUGCUUCCCAACCAGCCUCACACUCACUGUUUAGAAAUGGAUGCUGAUACCCAAUCCAAAGCUCCUGGGAUUGAUGACAUAAAGACUCUGGAGGAAAAGCUGAGAUCUCUCUUUAGUGAACAUAGCUCAUCUGGAGCUCAGCAUGCUUCUGUUUCACUAGAUACACCUCUAGCAGUAGAGACCACUGUCACACCAGGAGUCUCCACCACUGCUGUAGCACCAAGCAAACUCAUGACUUCCACUACGAGUACUUGCUUACCACCAACCAGUUUACCAUUAGGAGCAACUGGCUUGCCAGUUAUGCCAGUGGGCACACCUGGGCAAGUUUCUACCCCAGGCACACAUGCUUCAGCCCCAGUCAGCACUGCAACAGGAGCAAAACCUGGAACAACUCCCCCAAAGCCAUCUUUAGCUAAGACUGUGGUGCCACCAGUGGGUACUGAACUUCCAGCUGGCACUCUACCCUGUGAGCAGCUGACACCUUUUCCUGGACCUUCUCUAACUCAGUCCCAGCAACCACUAGAAGACCUUGAUGCUCAAUUAAGAAGAACACUCAGUCCAGAGACUAUUACAGUGACGUCUGCAGUUGGUCCUGUGUCCACGAUGGCUUCAACGGCAGUUACAGAAGCAGGAACACAGCCUCAAAAGGAUGGCACUGAAGGCCAUGUCCUAGCAACUAGUUCAGGAGCUGGUGUUGUUAAGAUGGGACGGUUUCAGGUUUCAGUUACAAUGGAUGAUGCUCCGAAAGAGCGUAAAAAUAGGUCAGAAGAUACAAAGUCGGUUCAUUUUGAAUCUAGCACAUCAGAGUCAUCAGUUCUUUCAAGUAGUAGUCCAGAGAGUACCCUGGUAAAGCCAGAGCCUAAUGGAAUAACUAUCCCUGGCAUGUCCUUAGAUGUGCCAGACAGCACCCACCAAACACCUGCCCCAGAAGCCAAGUCAGAAACAGAGCAGCCUACCAAGGUUGGACGUUUUCAAGUGACAACUACAGCAAACAAAGUGGGUCGUUUCUCUGUUUCAAGAACCGAGGACAAGGUCACAGAGCUCAAAAAAGAGGGACCAGUGACCUCUCCUCCUUUCAGAGAUUCAGAACAAACGAUUAGUCCUGCUGUGAUACCAAAGAAGGAGAAGCCUGAGCUGGCAGAGCCUUCCCAUCUGAAUGGGCCCUCUUCUGACCUGGAGGCUGCCUUUCUCAGUAGGGGUACAGAGGAUGGCUCCGGUAGUCCACACUCUCCCCCUCACUUGUGUUCCAAGAGUCUUCCCAUCCAGAGUCUAAGCCAGAGCCUUAGUAAUUCAUUCAACUCCUCUUACAUGAGUAGUGACAAUGAGUCGGACAUUGAAGAUGAAGACUUAAGGUUAGAACUGCGACGACUACGAGAAAAACAUCUUAAAGAGAUUCAGGACCUGCAAAGUCGCCAGAAACAUGAAAUUGAAUCUCUGUAUACCAAACUGGGCAAGGUUCCCCCUGCUGUCAUUAUUCCGCCAGCUGCUCCUCUGUCAGGGAGAAGAAGGCGACCUACUAAAAGCAAAGGCAGUAAAUCUAGUCGCAGCAGCUCCUUGGGCAAUAAAAGCCCACAGCUUUCAGGUAACCUGUCUGGUCAGAGUGGAACUUCAGUCAUACACCCCCAGCAGACUCUUCACCCCCCGGGCAACACCCCAGAGACUGGGCACAACCAGCUGUUACAGCCUCUUAAGCCAUCUCCUUCCAGUGACAACCUCUAUUCAGCCUUCACCAGUGAUGGUGCCAUUUCAGUACCAAGCCUUUCUGCUCCAGGUCAAGGCUGUGCGAAGUUUAACUGUGCAUCUGAGCAGGUGACAUUCAAACCUGGUGGCAGGAGGACCCGAUUUCUGAGUACGCCCUGCUUGGCUCUUUGGAAGAUGGUGAAAAAAGUCUGUCCUUGCAACCAGCUCUGUAUGUGCCCUCCAGCUGAACCGAAAUCAGGGACCAGCAGCACAAACACCGUUGGGGGAACAGUGAGUAGCCAGGCUGCCCAGGCUCAGCCACCUGCCAUGACUUCCAGUAGGAAGGGCACAUUCACAGAUGACUUGCACAAGUUGGUAGACAACUGGGCCCGAGAUGCCAUGAAUCUUUCAGGCAGGAGAGGCAGCAAAGGACACAUGAAUUAUGAGGGCCCUGGAAUGGCAAGGAAGUUCUCUGCUCCUGGGCAGCUGUGCAUUUCCAUGACCUCAAACCUGGGUGGCUCAGCCCCCAUCUCUGCAGCAUCUGCUACCUCUCUAGGUCACUUCACCAAGUCCAUGUGCCCUCCACAGCAGUAUGGUUUUCCAGCUGCCCCAUUUGGCACUCAGUGGAGUGGAACAGGUGGUCCAGCACCACAGCCACUUGGCCAGUUCCAGCCUGUAGGAACUGCUUCCUUGCAGAAUUUCAACAUCAGCAAUUUGCAGAAGUCCAUCAGCAACCCCCCAGGUUCCAACCUGCGGACCACUUAGUCAGACGUGAAGAUGUUAACUGCAUAGAUUUGGGGGCAGGAGAUGGAAUGCUGGGGGUUGGGGGGGUUGGGGAAGUAGCCUAUAUACUAACUACUAGUGCUGCAUUUAACUGGUUAUUUCUUGCCAGAAGGGAAUGUUUUUAAUACCAUUUUGAGCCCUUAGAAUGGAGAACCACCCUCCCUCUCCAUUUGUUGGAGUUCAAAAAGAAAAGAGCAGCUUUUUCUGGUGGAGGGGCUGCCUGAGUCUGCUUUCCUGUUUCUGUACCCACCAGUAAGGCCUAGGGCUAGAAGAGAGCCUUGUUACCAGAAUGCCCCAAGAGCUCAAUGUAAGCUAAACCCAGUAUGUAUCUGUAAGUGGGUAGAGCUCUUAAUUUUGACAUUUGCCCCGAAUUCCUUACUCCCACAAGAAUGCACACCUUAAAACAAGAAGGUUCUCGCCCACUCUGAUCCCUACCCCCACUUUCUUUUUUUCCUUUAUAACCUAGUGAAAAAUAUCAGGGGACUGGGGUUGCAACCCUUUCUUGAAUAGGUCAUUAAUGCUUUAAGCAAGAUAUUAGCAGCUUUGACUGCAGCAUUAGCAAUUAGGGAAAACAAUGACGUUCCCUGAGGACAUGUAACUUUGCCAUCAGUUUUGAUGUGGAAACACUGUGAUAUAUAAAUGUUGUUGGACAACAUUAGUUUUAAGAGUAAAAUUUGAAAGGUUUAAAAGGUUCACACACACAAAAAAAGCUAGCUCUGUCCUUUACUUAUUAAGACACUUUAACUUUUUCCUUUGUAUUUCCAUUGUAUUAGAUAAAUAAAUGUGAAUGUAAAAUUGUAUAAAUUACUGUACUUGAAUACUUCUGUUCUCCCAGUAUUGCUUGCUGGAUAUUUUAGUGCCUUGGACUUCUAUUGCUUCUGCUGUUAGCAUCAACUUACCAGACCCCAGGUCACCAAAGGGUAUGUGGAAAGAAAUCUUAGGUCCAUAUGACCCCAGCAGUGGAUAUGCCAAAGGGAAAAUGAAAGUGGGUUUUUUUGUUGUUGUUUCAUUUUGUUUUGUUUUGUUUUGUUUUUUUCAAUCGUUCAACAGUUUUGCCUAGAGCAGGUGUGAGAUGAGCACAGUGAGAAGUUGGCAUCAGAGGUUGAAAACAAAGUUCUGUUUCAGAAAGAGUGAGGGGGUUGUGAGCCAUGUGAAGGACAAGGACUGGAGACAUGGGGACAAGCUUGUUAGAAGUGAUGCCCGGCCAGUGAACAAACAAAACCUAGAAGAAAUUCAACAAAAAUGAGAUGGGAGUGGGCUAGGUUCUGAGUUGGGAAGGAUGACAGUGCCAAUCGCAGAUGGAAAAGGUUGCUCUACGGAAACCUGCUUGGUUGCCCUCCCCUCUCGUACAUGUACCACACAUUUCUCCACUUGACGUACUGUAUUGUGGAAAACAGACCCACUUCUGACCCCUUUCUUCUGCAAUGUCCAAAUGGUCGCACAGUCACAAUCUAUGUGCCACCUGUACUUCUAUAUUAGAACUAAUACUCUCACAUUUUUAUACCCAUAUCCCCAAGUAACUGCAACCAACCAGUAUUAUCUAGUGCUAUGCCUAGUUUUAAUGGGCAGUUUUCUGUCAAUACUGACUUAAUUGGCUGUUUGGGAUCUAAAUACUCUGAGAAAGUGGAGGGAGAAGUAGAAGUCCUCAUUUCUUGGGUGCUUCCUCCUUGGCCUUGAGUUGGGAAUUGACACAUUUCCAACCUCAGGACACAUCCCAGGAGUUACACACUAGACAGAGCCUGGCUACCUGCACCUUUCUUCCUUUAAGAGUCCCAUUCUUUUUAAGUUGGUCUAGGCCAAAAGAUACACAUGACAGCUGAAAGUUUUAGGAGAGGGAGGUGGGAAAAGUAUGGUUUUUGUUUCAGGUCCUGCUACCAAAGUGUUGGCUCAUUUAUUCCUGUUCGGAGAGGGUUAAGAGGUGCUGUGGAAAUGAAACUGGUUGUAGGAUGGAUAAGAGUACUUUGUACUGUGGUAGAGGGAGCCAGAUGCAGCAUGUGUUGUUGGUUUUGGUUUUAGUCAUUUUGAGGUCUUUUCCCCCAUUCACAAAAGUUUAUUUACUGAAUUUUUUUUUUUUUUGCCCUCCUGUGGAUGAAAUAACUGAAGCCUAGAGGAACGAGCUAGUGCUACUGAACUGUUUAAAUUAUUUUUGUGUUAAUAGUACACUUUGAGUAUCUUUUUUCCACAUUUAAAAAGAACUUUCUGAAUUAUAAAUGUUUUCCUUACGUUAUUUAACAAUGUACUGUUGAAAACUGAAUUCAAACCUUGGGGUUUCUCAGCAGCCGUUAACUGUACAUUUGCACUAACUCUGGGUGUUGCGCUUCUUGUAAGAUUGCGCUUUGUGCUUCAGUUUGUUACCUUUGUAGACUUAUUUAAUGAAACCAUUCAAAUAAACCAAACUUGCUUUUGUUGA